GUCACAACAGGAUAGUCAGAUCUAAUCAACUAACCAGCUAAAAGGGUCAUCCACGUUGCACAUAAACAACAUGGCUCUUCUACCCAGUAUAUCCCUACUCCCAGCCAAUCUCCAAUCGCCCAUCUGCUUCCCAAUGCACGCCAUCAGCAAAGCACUGCGCAUGGCCCUCUCUCAUCAUGGCCCCCUUCAUCCCACCCACCACCGAAUACAAGUGCUACCAACACUCUAUCAGCCCGCCCUAACUACAUCCCCACAAACUCGGCGUCACACGCACAACCCCCGGGCAUUCUCCAACCUAGACCUAGACCUAGAUCCCAAGAGUAAAUACCAUCGACUCCGACUCCGCGAGCCCGAAGAUCUCGUGACCGGCUUCGAAACCCUACUACAUCUCCUCCGCAACCCGGCCGCCGCGCAGCACGGGCUGCGAAAAGACCCAGAGCCAUCAAACGAGACGCGCGCGCUGCCGGAAGCAGAUGUACGCAAUCUGGAGACCGCUAUCGCGCAAGCCGGAUUCACCGAAGGCGACGAGCCGCAAAAGCUGCCGAAGAUCCUCCUGCAAGACCCCGCGGGGAGAAAGAUGUCCGUGACACGACACUUUUCAUCCUUUCGCCAUGCGUUGACUCCUUCGACGAACCGCCUGUCUCCCCGCAACUCGAAUCCCUGGCCCUCUACCACAUGGGCGAGUACGACACCGCCCGCCCCGGCCUUCAGUCUAGUCCCGCUCCUCCGCCGGACCACAGCCCAAGCCGUCUCCCCUCACCUCCCGAACCUCCGGAAGAUCACCUUCCUCCCGGACCACGACUCGCCCGAGAACGCCGGCGUGCAUUACAUCCCCGAGUCAUAUUUCCACCGCAUCGACCUCGUGCGCCGCCUGCCCGCCCUGAAAUCCGUCGCCGUCACGCUGGCGACAUGGAACAUCGAGGCCGGGACCCCGCCGCCCCCGCGCUCCGCGAACUACGAGGAAGAUCCGCUUCACGCACUCGCUGAUGCACGAGGCGGACCUGUGCUGCCUCAUCGACGCCGCCAAGGGUUUGCUGACGAGGAGUAUAAGGAGGCGUGGGCGGAGGAGCGGGCUGCCCUAGAUGUGAGGCUCGAGCUGCCGCCGCAUGAUAUCUCGUUGAUGGAUUUCCCGGAGCUGAGGCGCUUAGGGGCGGGGCCGCACGCGCUUUGCUUUUUGGUGAGGGGCAUAGGUCUGAAUCGCUAG